AUGGUGAAUGGACAAGAAGAGAACGCAGCAUUUCGGCACACAGCCACGCAGUCGUCCAUGUACGGGACCUGGUAUAGUGAAAAUGCAGUGGACGGUGUACGCGACAGCUGUUCCCACACCAACACACAGACCAACCCGUGGUGGAGAGUGGAUCUGAUGAAAGUAUACAGAGUGAACAGAGUGGCCAUCACUAACAGACAGAGCUCCUAUUCUGAAAUAGCAUCCAGAAUAAACGGGGCGGUGAUUCGUGUCGGGAACGUCCCUGAUGUUUACAGCAACCCUAUAUGUGCUGUAGUUUCUACUAUUCCUUCUGGAUCCACGGCCAGCUUCUCGUGCGGUGGGAUUGAGGGACGUUACGUGACUGUUCAUAUUCCUGGAGAUGGGAAAAUUGUUACUCUCUGUGAGGUUGAAGUCUACGGGUAUUUGGGAGUCUUCCCCUCUGCUACAAACUUGGUGCAUCAAGAUGUGUUGUGCCAUUUUCCCCCCAUAUAUUUUCUAGGAAAUCGGGCAGUGGAUGGAGCCGCUACACAGUCAUCAACAUUUGGGAACUGGUUCUCUGAAAAGGCCAUUGAUGGCAAUCGAGGUCUCCUGCAGUUGUAUACGGGAUGCUCCUCAACUCUCAAUCAGACUAACCCGUGGUGGAGGCUGGAUCUGCGUCACAUUUACAGAGUUAGCAAAGUGGUGGUCACUAACAGAAAAGACUGCUGUGCAGAACAAAUAAACGGAGUGGAGAUUCGCAUCGGAAACUCUUUGGAAAGCAACGGCAACGACAAUCCCAUAUGUGCUGUUAUUCCUGCUAUUCCAGCAGUUGAGUCCUACAGCUACUCGUGCGGUGGGAUGGAUGGACGUUACGUGAAUCUGAUCAUUCCUGGAGACAUGAAGAUGCUCACUCUGUGUGAGGUGGAGGUCUAUGGAGAAGGUCCUGUUUUAAAAAGAUCAUUUGUAAAAAUGCAGUUUAACUCCAGAGCUGAUUUGACUGACCCUUCAAUAGGAGAAAAUAUUCUGAAACGGGUGGGAUCUGCUCUAGCUGCUAGAGGAUUCACAAACGUGACACUUCAUUGGUCUCAAACCCCUAAACGGGAAGUGAAGCAGAAGGUGGACACUGGUAUAAGUCGUUGUGGUAAAGGAAAAUAG